CAAAUUGAGAGCUCAGACAAGAAAUAUCUGCAGAAAUCCAUCGAUAAUCUCUUCGAUAUGUGCCAUUUAGUGAUACAAACAAUCGAGCAAGUUGGAGCUUAUCGUUUAAAAAUUCCUAACGAUGCCGAUGCUGCUAAUUCAAGGAUGAACGACAAAGAAACAACCAGGCAGUGA